AUGGAAGGAGGCAUGAACAAGGUUCCGCUCCAUCCUGAGCCGAAGAAGUGGAAGGCUCCUAAGGGGCCGAAGCCUGUCCAGCACAAAAACAAAAAUUCCAUCGGGUUGGGUCGCCACAUUGCUAACCAAAGACGGAAGGAAAAUCAAGUGGUGUACCUACCUGAUGGUCAAAUGCAAUUCACCACCGAUAAAAAGGAGGCUGACUGGGUGAAGCUUCGGUCAGUGACUCAAGAAAACGCUCUUGAUGAGUUUCUUAACACCGCCCAAUUGGCCGAUACCGAUUUUACCGCUGAAAAGGAAAUCAAGAUCAUCAAGGUUGGUGGCACUCAGAUCGUGAACCAGCUGGGGUUGUUGAAUGACGAACAGUUGGAGGAAAUGAGAAGAAAGCACAACUUAUUCCAGAAUAAUUUGCGGGUUCCGAGACGGCCCCAAUGGCAUAAGGAUCAGCUGAGGCUUGAAAUCAACCGCCAGGAAAAUUUGGCAUUUUUGGAAUGGAGACGUCAGUUGGCUGCUCUCACCGAGAAUAACGAUCUUUUGUUGACCCCCUUUGAACGGAACCUUGAAGUUUGGAAGCAAUUAUGGCGUGUUGUCGAGCGGAGUGAUCUUGUGGUACAAAUUGUCGAUGCCAGACACCCCUUGUUUUUCCGGUCAGUCGAUUUGGAAGCUUACGUUCAAGAGCUCAGCACUGAGGAGAAGCCCAAAAACAAUUUAUUGCUUGUGAAUAAGGCUGAUUUAUUGACCUUUGAACAAAGAAAAGCUUACGCUGACUACUUCAACGAAAAGGGCAUUGAAUUCGUGUUCUUCUCAGCGCUUGAAGCGAACGAGUUGUUGGAGAAGGAAAAAGAGGAGCGGGAAAGGGCUGGUCUCAGUGGUGAAGUUCCCGCCGAACUUUUAGGUCCUGCCACUCCUGAAGAAGAAAAUGACACUCCCCAAACCGUUAACACUGACCCCACUCAUAUUCUCAGUGUAGGCGAACUUGAACAGCUUUUCAUUCAUAAGGCUCCCGAAGUUGAAGACCGGGCCCUUCAGAUUGGUUUGGUUGGUUACCCUAACGUCGGUAAGUCGUCCACCAUCAACGCCCUCAUCGGUUCGAAGAAGGUAUCGGUGUCUGCGACUCCCGGUAAGACCAAGCACUUCCAGACACUUAAUCUCCUGCCCGAUGUCGUGCUUUGUGAUUGUCCUGGGUUGGUGUUCCCCAAUUUCGCUUACUCUAACGGUGAAUUGGUGUGUAACGGUGUGCUCCCUAUCGAUCAAUUGAGGGAACACAUUCCGCCGGCGUCAUUGGUGGCUCAAAGAAUCCCCAAAUUCUUUCUUGAAGCUGUCUACGGUAUCCACAUCCCUAUCCAGAAAGUUGAAGAUGGGGGUAAUGGUAUUUACCCUACCGCUCGUGAAUUGCUUAACGCUUACGCUCGGGCUCGUGGUUACAUGACUCAAGGGUUUGGUUCUGCCGAUGAACCUCGUGCCUCUCGUUAUAUUCUCAAGGACUAUGUCAACGGCAAAUUAUUGUACGUUAAUCCUCCUCCCAAGCGGGUAGGAGAAGGCACUGCCGACUCUGACUACGACUUGCCCACUCUUGAAGAAUGCCGUGAGUUCAAUAAAGAUCUUUACACUCUUGCCAACUUGCCGCAAACUCGUCAGCAGCAAAUUCUCGAAGCUAUGCGUCAUAAAGAUAUCAAGAAGGAAGAAUUUGAUUUACUGAGAGACUUGGCUAUGCUCAACUUCGGUCAACAUGUGGCUGCCACUGACGGCUCUCAAGCCCCCACCACAGUAUUUUACGGUGGUAAGCAAGCUGCCUUGGAAAGUGCUGGCGAUGAACUUGAUCGUGACUUCUUCAAGCUUGGUGGCGUUGAGGGUAAGAUGACCUCGCCUUUCCACAAAAAGGGUGGCGAUGCCAAGGGGAACAAGAAGCACAACAAGGCCAACAAGAAGAAGGAUAAAAAGUUGCGGGUAGUAGGCUACUAG